AUGGCUGAAGAGAUCGAUGUUCUCAUUCUCGGCGCAGGCAUCUCCGGGGUGAAUGCCGCCUACCGCGUGAAAUCCGAGUUGCCUGGCAGCACCUUCGCGGUGCUGGAGGCGCGUGACGUCGUCGGUGGCACGUGGUCCUACUGGAAGUAUCCCGGAUUCCGCUCCGACUCGAACAUGACCAACUUUGGCUUCGGAUGGCAUCCUUGGCCUCACGACAAGAAGAUCAUCGAAGGCGCGCCCAUUGCCGCUUAUAUCGAAGACGCGGUCAAGACACACCACCUCGAUGAGCAUAUUAGGUUUCAACACAAGGUCUUGUCGUCAAACUGGGACAGCGACGAGGCACGGUGGACUCUUGAGUGCAUGACGCCUCAAGGGAACAAAAAGUUCAAGGCCAAAUACCUCUUCGUAUGCUCUGGAUACUACUCGUACGACAAGGCGCUCGAAACGCACAUUCCUGGUAUCGAGAACUUCGAGGGCAAGACAAUCCACCCACAAUGGUGGCCCGAAGAUCUCGACUAUGCGGGAAAGCGCGUCAUCAUCAUCGGGUCUGGCGCCACGACUAUGACGCUGUUCCCUAACAUCGCCAAAACCGCCGGCUUUACCACAAUUCUUCAGCGCAGUCCGUCCUACGUCUUUGCCUUGGCUGCAGAGUCGUCAGUGGACAAGGCCGCUAAGAAGAUCCUCCCCAUGUUCCUGGCCAAUUGGUUCAUUCUUUUGAAAGAUCUUCUGUUAGAGACGGUUUUCAUCCAGAUUGUUCUGAAUUUUCCCACCUUGGCGAAGCAGUUCCUCAGAACCGAUGCCAAGCGCCGGCUACCCAAGGACUACCCCGUCGACGUUCACUUCAAGCCCAAAUACAACCCCUUUGAGCAGCGUCUCAAUAUGUGCCCCGAUGGCGAUGUUUUUAAGACUCUUCAUCAGCCCAACACGGAAAUUGUCACGGAUCACAUCGAAACUGUUACGAAGGACGGUAUUCUUACAAAGUCUGGACGUCACCUUCCGGCUGACAUCAUCGUGACCGCGACAGGCCUGUACGUGCAGCUUUUUGGUGGUACCGAAGUCACUGUUGAUGGCGUCCCAGUCAAGGUCGGCGAGAAGUAUAGCUGGCGCGGAUGCAUGCUUGAUGGAGUGCCCAACGCGGCGGCUAUCAUUGGUUACGUCACUCAAACUUGGACUCCUGGCGCCGACACUGUAACGCGACUCUUUAUCCGCGUCAUCAAGGAGAUGGAGAAGACUGGCGCUGUAUCUGCGACGCCCGUCUUAUCGGAAGAAGAGAAGAAAAGUUCACCUAGAAUGCCGUGCGUCGAUGCUACAUCCAAUUACUUCAAACGGGCGCACGGUCGGAUGCCGGUUGUGACCAACCAGGGGCCUUGGUACGGGAGGAAGAACCUUAUCGUGGACAAGUUGGCACUUUGGUUCGGAAGCGUAAGAGUAGGCAUGGACUACCGCUUGGCAACCAAGUCAAAGGACAUUUGA